AUGCCUUCUGUCCUUUUUGCCACAGCUUAUUCUUCUAAGGAGUUCGUUAAUAAAAAAGAUCGAUUCCCUACAGUUAUUUCUUGCAACUUUGGUCUUGAUAAUUUCAGUGGAACUCACCUUUUGUUGCUGUUCUUGGUCCAAAGUUUUGAGUUGUUGCAUCUCACCAGCAUAAUCAUAAUACCAUCAAUGAAUAUCCAAAAGAUUGGGAGCUAUGAAAGAAUGCUGCAGAACUGUGGACACACAAGUGAUUAUGCUUCAGAAUUUUCAUACAGGUUUCCCCAUAGUUUUGGUAAUCCGCCGGAGUCCUCCGACAUGGGGCUUUGUUUUCAGUCAGCAGCCAGAGAUGAUGGCUCACAGAGGCAAAACUUUUGGCCUAAUAACUCAUCUAGCACCAUUAUGGGCCAAAUUGGAUCAGCUUCUGCUUUCUAUGCAGCGGAAGUUUACAUGGGAUUAACACAGCUUGAUGCCAGAGAUAAUCAGUCCACCUGCAGCACCCAGCUUUCGAAGAUUAAUCAUGAUGUACAUAUUCCAUCAUAUGACCAAUCUGAGAAUUGUUUAUUUACAGAUUCACCUCCAAGAAAGCUAGAGCCCUGCAGCUUCCCAGCGAAUAACGCCUUGCCAGCGGUUCCAAACUCUCAAACCCCAAACAGCCAAUAUAUCAGUUCAGAAGCAUCCUAUAGACAUCCCUUUAGUGAUCUUACAGAGAAAGAGAGGCUGUGGCAACUCAAAAAGAAACUGUUGGGUGACGUUGAUAAUCCCAAUAAGAGACAGCAUACCAUGCCUCUUCAGAGAAAUCAAGAUGUCGGAGUCUCGUGCAAUUUGUACGACUCCCACUUCCCAAAUGCGAAGCCGUCUGGUAGAAGUUCUGGAUGUAUUUCUCCUAUUUCCACCAAUCCUGCCUCUGCUGCAGGAGCUGUAACCAACAAGACACGGAUCAGAUGGACUCAGGAGCUUCAUGAUCGAUUUGUCGAGUGUGUAAACCACCUUGGUGGUGCUGACAAGGCUACACCCAAGGCAAUACUAAGGCUGAUGGAAUGGGAAGGACUAACCAUCUUCCAUGUCAAAAGUCAUUUGCAGAAAUAUCGAAAUGCAAAGUACAUCCCAGCAUCUGCAGAAGGUACACUCUUGACAAACAAUUUUGCACAAUAUGUGAGGAAAGUUGUCAUGUUUGAUCCUAAGAUUGCUUCAGGAAAAUCUGACAAAGGACCAUGCACAAACAAUGCAGCGCAGAUUGACAUAAAAAAGUAA